AUGAGUGAGAAGGCUACACCGUCGCAGCUCGACCCGACUCUGCCUCCUAGUGAAUCGCAGAGCGGAAAAGCGCAGCCUUUCGACCCUUCGCAACACAGAGGCAUCUCGCGCCUCCCUAAAGAUGUCAAGUCCAGCCUCUCCCGGGCCGAUGAGUUCAUUCUCCGUUUGUCCAGAACCAUUAAGACAUCUGCCGGCCUCUCUUCCACUCUCUCUACCAUCAAUUACUCGCUCUACCUGCUCGCGUACCUCCACCAAGCCGCUCCUUCGCGCGCCGCCCUAGUUGCCAAUAUCAGCAAGCUCAUUGGACGCGAUAUCAAGAUUCCACCGUCUGCACUUGUUGCCGGCCCUUCCCCACUAGUGCCUCUGGGUGCCAUGGUGGCUGACUUCCGUGCCACUCUCCGCCUGACGGGCCUACUGUCGCUAUACGCAUUGCUCAAGUCGCUACUUAACCAGAAGGGCGGCGAUCCUCUUAAGCACAAGAUCCUGCUGGCCCAGUGUGCGGGAUACAUUGGGUUUCAGUUCACCGAGAACGUGCUGGUUCUCACCAACAAGGGUGUGCUGAAGGGCGGUCUGGUUGCGAAGAUGGGCGGGCCAGCCACUGCGAUGAAGUGGGCUUGCCGAAGCUGGUUGGUGGGCGUGAGCACGGAUUUCCUCAGGCUGUGGCGGGAUGCGGCUUUGAUGCGGGAGCGCAAGUCCAAGGGCGAUAGCAUCAGUGCCAAGGAGCAGGAGGACUUCGAUCGCAAAUGGUGGAGCGACCUGCAGGUGUGCACAGCUUGGCUACCUGUGGCAAUCCACUACAGCGUUGAGGGCGGCUUGACGGGUAUGAACUCGGGCAUCGUUGGCUUCUGUGGUCUGAUGGCCGGCAUCAACAAUACCAGAGCAGCAUGGCGGGCGGCUUCCUAG